GAGAGCGCGCAGUGCCGGGCCCAGAGCGGCGCGCCCCCUCCUCCCCGCCCCGCCUAGCCGCUCUCCCGCGCCCGGAACGUUGGGCGCGCGGAACCUCGGCGCCGGAGCGCGGGCGCGGCGCACUCGGAGCGGGAUGGAGCGGGCGCGCGGGCCGCUGGCCGAGGCUGACGCGCCUGAGGAGGAGGAGGCGGGGGCGGCCAUGGCUGCUGUGGUGGUGGCGGCUGCAGGUGGCGCGGGACCGGCGGUCCUGCAGGUAGCCGGUCUCUACCGGGGACUGUGCGCUGUGCGCAGCCGCGCCCUGGGCCUGGGGCUUGUGUCACCCGCGCAACUGCGCGUGUUCCCAGUGCGUCGCGGCUCGGGCCGGCCCGAGCGGGGCGCCGACGGCAGCGGGGUCGGGGCCGAGGCCGAGCUCCAGGCCAACCCUUUCUACGACCGCUACCGCGACAAGAUCCAGCAGCUGCGCAGGUCUGACCCAGCUGCUUUUGAGUCCCGUCUGGAGAAACGCAGUGAAUUUCGGAAGCAGCCAGUGGGGCGUUCCAGGCAAGGUGAUUUUAUCAAAUGUGUGGAACAGAAGACAGAUGCCUUGGGGAAACAGUCUGUGAACAGAGGAUUCACUAAGGACAAGACUCUCAGUUCAAUCUUUAACAUUGAGAUGGUAAAAGAAAAGACUGCAGAAGAAAUAAAACAGAUUUGGCAGCAAUAUUUUGCAGCAAAAGAUACAGUCUACGCAGUUAUUCCUGCAGAAAAGUUUGAUUUGAUCUGGAACCGGGCUCAGUCCUGUCCAACAUUUCUGUGUGCUCUGCCAAGAAGGGAAGGUUAUGAGUUCUUUGUAGGACAAUGGACAGGUACUGAACUCCACUUCACUGCACUUAUAAAUAUUCAGACCCGAGGGGAAGCUGCAGCCAGCCAGCUGAUUUUAUAUCACUAUCCUGAACUUAAGGAAGAAAAGGGCAUAGUGCUGAUGACUGCAGAAAUGGAUUCCACAUUUCUGAAUGUUGCUGAGGCACAGUGCAUCGCCAACCAAGUUCAGCUCUUCUAUGCUACUGAUCGGAAAGAGACCUACGGGCCUCCCUACAGCACCACUAAGCCACUGGACAACUGUUUAAAAUCUUCCCGGGGACUGGAACUCUCUACCUGCUAACUGACCUGCACCAUGCUGAGACAGCUCUGAGUAAUUCUGAAACUCAGCCUGAUUUGGGAACCCCUGCAAUAAGUUUUUACUUUUACUUUGCACCUGAGAAAAAAGGCCCCAAACCAGGUGAAGUGACUUCCCCAAGGUCACACAGGUAGCAGCAUUCCUUCUAUCUCUUUGUUCCAAAUUUUUUUUGCACUUCAGUCCAAGGCAACCCAACUGGAAGAUAUCUGAAAAAGACAAGGAUUUUAUUAUUGUCUGCCUCUGGUAAAGAUUUCUUGGAUGAGACUAGCUGUUCCCAGCAUGCCCUUAGGUAAGACCUCUGUGGGGCAAGAGAGGAAAGCCUUCCCAGAUGCUUGGAGUUCAGAUGUUUUCCUUGUUUGAUUUUGAAAGCUGAGAAUUUCCCUGGCUCAUGACCCCUGGAAACAAAUUCUGGAUUAUCUGUUGCGCUGGACUAUCUGUGCCUGGCCCCUGCAGCUACAUAGAGAAUUCUGUGUUGCCUGCACAGGCUGAAGCUCUCCAUCCAUCCUGCAUGCAUUUUGUACUCGCCUGUGGUGAGUGAGCAGAGGGGGAUGAUAUAUGGAAAUCCAGGCAGUCAGCAGUGGCAGGGGAGGAGGUUGAGGGGUGUGAGGGAUUGAUGGGAACUCAGCUACAGAGCUCAGCUGGGAGACUCACACCCCAUUGGAGCUAGGAUUGAUUGCUGGAACUUUCUUACCCUUCUCAGUUUGUCUCAGAGCCAGCAACCUGCACUGUGUCCUCUGGGCACCCCUGCGGAAAGGGAAUUGCUCUCAAAGUCAGGGAAGCUCCAGUCUGUCAGUGAUGGUCUAUCUCAUGCCCUCUUCCCAGAGGCAGGCAACUCGGCACUCUAGAAGCCGAGUGACCUUCAGACAGCCUUCUGUUUCCUAAACCCCUUUCCUCUCUCUGUACUUGGCCUCCUUCUUAUCUGUUUUUCAACUCUCAGCUCACACUAAAUGACUUCCUCCCUUGGGUGCUAUCUGUAGAAUGUGUGGAAUAUGACCUGCCCCAGCAGAUUUUGCAAGGGUAUCAAAAGAGUGAGUGAGAAGUCUAAGGUGAUGUCAAGGUUAUGGAGCAUGGUCGAUGUACUUAAUGCUGCCAAUUGCUUUAACAUGGAUCCAGGCACAGAUGUCUUCAUUAUCAUUUACUUUCCCAGGAGAGCAUUUUUUUGAAAGUGUCUAACCCCCAUUCAAACUGACUUGUUCUUUGCCUAACUUAUUAACAGUGUAUUUGCUAAGUGCUCAGGCAGUGUCGGGCAGGAGGAUAGACCCUGUGAGUGGACCUGUUUUUGAGUCUCAGUUCUGCUUGCUUGCUCUUUCUUUUUUUUUUUUUUU